GUGUUUGCUUAAACCUGCAAAUCAAGGUGAAUAAUGAUGGGGAAAUAAUGGGUGGGAAAACCACUGAGGAUUUUGCUUUAACGUACUCAUUCAAAGCAAGGGAAAAUAAUAAGGGAAGAGAAACUGUGUGCAAGUGAAGGUUUUCCCUAGAGAAGAUUUCAGACAAGCUCAAUUUUCCUGCUGGGUUAAGUGUUCUUGAGGAUAAGGAUAGAGAGUGCAAGUUGAAGAAGAACAAGAACAAGAACAAGAACAAGAACAAGUGAUGGCGGCCUCUUCGUCGUCGGUGCCGCCGUUUUAUCGAAUUCAAGAAGGAGGAGAUCAAUUGAUUCAGAUGGAGCAACACCGCCACGCCCAGAUGGAGCAACACCGCCAUGCCCCAUCAGCUCCAUUGGCUUCAUCAGCAGCAGCAUCUGCACCUCCAGCCCCAGCUCCAGCUCCCCAGAAAAAGAAGCGAAACCAACCCGGAAACCCAUAUCCGGACGCGGAGGUAAUAGCCCUGUCGCCCAAGAGCCUGAUGGCGACAAACCGGUUCGUGUGCGAGGUGUGCAAGAAAGGGUUCCAGAGGGAGCAGAACCUUCAGCUGCACCGGAGGGGCCACAACCUGCCUUGGAAACUCAAGCAGAAGGGCACCAACAAGGAGGCGGUACGGCGCAAAGUCUACCUGUGCCCCGAGCCCACCUGCGUGCACCAUGACCCGUCCCGCGCCCUCGGCGAUCUCACAGGGAUAAAAAAGCACUACUCCCGCAAGCACGGCGAGAAGAAGUGGAAGUGCGAGAAAUGCUCGAAGCGGUACGCAGUGCAGUCGGACUGGAAGGCGCACUCCAAGACCUGUGGCACGAGGGAGUACAGGUGUGAUUGUGGCACUCUUUUUUCCAGGCGUGACAGCUUCAUCACUCACCGUGCCUUUUGUGACGCGCUUGCUCAAGAGAAUGCUAGACACCCUCCCACCUUGAACAGCAUCGGCAACCACUCCAUCUAUGGGAGCACCAACAUGGGCUUGGGCUUGUCACAGGCGAAUCGCCAAAUACCCUCGAUGAUGCAAGGCCAGGGGAUAAACCACUCCAACAAUAAUGACAUCUCGCCACUUGGCCGUGCUCGGAGUGGACAAUUAUUCGAUCACCUGCUUGCGCCAUCCAUCGGAACUGCUUCUUCGACGUUUAAUCAACCGCUUCCCUCAAUGGGAUCACCAUCCCCUAAUAGUUUCUUGUUCCAAGCUCAGUCAAAUCAAAGCUACAAUUCUCAGGAGCAAGCAUCACCUCAGCAAGGGUUGCUCCAGAACAAGCCAUUCCAUGGGCUGAUGAUGCAGCAAAUGAUCCCUGAUCAUGUCAAGAGCAACAACAACAACCCAUCACCAUCCUCAUCAGUGGCAAAUAUCUUCAACCUUGGAAUGCUUUCGAGUAGCAGCUCGAAUAGCAACAACAACAGUAGCAGCACCAGUAGCUUGCUCAAUUCCGGGCUUUUGGUCCCAGAUCAACAUCGGUUCAAGAGCGAGAUUGGAAGCGAAGGAUCGAACCUCUUGCCCAGAAGCAUACCCGAUGAUCAUCAUCAGAUCAGCUCAUCAGGAGUGCCUUCUCUCUACAGCACUUCACUUCUGCAAACCGGUAACCACCAUGAUUUCUCACCGCCUCACAUGUCUGCAACUGCUCUCCUCCAAAAGGCGGCUCAGAUGGGCUCAUCAACCUCAAGAACGAACACCAACAACAAUGCCUCUUUCCUAAAAACCUUCGCGAGCUACUCUUCCUCAAGCGGCACCAAAUCCGACCGGUCGCCGCUCGCCCCAGUUAGCUUCACAGGCAUUUUCGGGGUCGACAACAACCUCCAGGAGCUGGUGAACUGCGCCUUCGGAGGUGGGCAAGACCAUCAUCAAGAAUCAGCUGGGGACGCUUACGAUGGGAUGUACGACAACGCGAACAAGACUGGGUCGGAGCAGUCGACGACGACCCACAUGGGCCAACAUGGGUUGACGAGGGACUUCCUUGGGGUCGGAGAGAUAGUGAGACGCGUGAGUAAUAACGUUAACAACAACGGCAACAAUGGAGGGUUUAUGGACGUGCAGAGAGAGGACGACCAGCGACGACAGAACCAAGAAAAGUAUGGCCUGAUGAUCAGCGACGACAAGGCGAUCAGCUCCUCCUUGGAUUCAGCGCCGACAAGCCAAACCUUCGGAGAUUUCCGUUGAAAAAUACGACGAGGAGCUCUCUGUGUGAAGAAAAGACCGAGUACAGGAACGCAAAGACUCAGGCCAAUUGCUGAACAGGAACGACACAGCAUCGGGCAGAUCGAACUCAAAGAAGUUGAAACUUUUAUCUCUUUUAUUGUCCCCCUUUUCUUCUCGAACUUGUCGGUUGUUUUGUGGAAUUUGUUAAUCCCGGUAAGAAGUUUUUAUUUUUUUAUUUUUUAAUAUUCCCCCCCAUACAUUUUAGACUUCGAAAGGAAAAAAGAGAUCCUUGAGGAACGAUUUGGAGGGCGCCCACAUUUUAAAACAACUAACUUGAGUUUUCAUAUCA